CGAUAAGAAGCACCGAAUUCAACGUGUGUGAUCUAUCUAACUUUGAAUUUUGAAAAGGAUGAUUUUCAACGUAAUUUUUUUGUCAUCAUCCGUGUAACCUUAUCAACAACUUCCACUAUUUAUUAAUUAUUGCGAAACCUUAUUGGACAUAUGAAAGCAAUAUGGACGUAACAUCUAUUUUGGUGCCCUCUGUCCAAGAGCUAGCAAAGGAACCGUUGACUCAAGUUCCAGAUCGAUAUGUUCUUCAAGAUCAUGAAACUGCUGCACUAUCUAACACUACCUCUUUACCUCAAGUUCCUGUCAUUGAUUUUGCCAAAUUGUUGUCUCCAGAUCUUAAUCUCAAGGGACAUGAGCUAGAGAAGCUACACUUUGCCUGUAAAGAAUGGGGUUUCUUUCAGCUGGUUAAUCAUGGAAUAAGUAGUUCCUUGAUUGAAUAUAUGAAGAGAGACACUAAAACACUGUAUGAACUACCAAAGGAAGAAAAGAAGAAGCUAUGGCAGAAAGAAGGAGAGAUUGAGGGAUUUGGUCAGGCAUUCAUUUUAUCUGAGGAACAGAAGCUUGAAUGGGCAGAUACUUUUUUCUUGACAACUCUACCUCCUCACUUAAGGAAACCCCUUAUAUACAACCAAAUCCCCCAAACAUUCAGAGAACAUUUAGAGAUAUAUUCUGCGGAAUUGGAAAAACUUGCAAUCAAAGUCAUCGAACUUAUGGCAAAUGCUCUGGCAAUAAAUCCCAAGGAAAUGACGGAGUUUUUCAACCCAGGAACUCAAAUGUUAAGGGUAAAUUAUUAUCCUCCAUGCCCUCAACCAGAACGAGUCAUUGGCUUAAAAUCUCAUUCUGAUGUUGGUGGCCUAACCAUCCUUCUUCAAAUCGGUGAUAUAAAUGGCCUUCAGAUACGAAAGGAUGGACAGUGGAUUCCUGUUUUAUCCCUGCCUAAUGCUUUCAUAAUCAAUAUCGGAGAUAUGUUAGAGAUUAUAACAAAUGGAAUUUAUCCGAGCAUUGAGCAUCGAGCAACAGUUAAUUCUGAGAAGGAGAGAAUCUCCCUAGCUACUUUUUAUGGACCUAACAUGCAAGCAAUUUUAGCUCCAGCACCAAGUCUUGUUACUCAAGAAACACCAGCACAAUUUAGAAGAAUUAGUGUUGUAGACCACUUUAAUGGGUACUUUGCACAAGAGCUUCGUGGAAAAUCAUAUCUAAAUGAAAUGAGGAUCACAAAGGAUGGAGAAUGAUUUUUUUUUAAUGAGAAAUAUAAUAUUAUAUAUAUGAAUUAUGAAAUAAAGACAAGAAAAAGUCAAAAAUACAGAUGGGUAUUAGAAAGGGUGGAGAAUAAUAGCAACUCCUUUUUUUUUUAAAAAGAUGAUAUUAGUAGCAUUGUAUAGGAGUUGGCUUAGAUUAAUAUUGAUGAUAAGAAAAGUGUGCAUGUCACAACUUAUAUAUGCAAAUAAAAAUAAGUAAAACUUUCUUUGUUCUUUUUUUUCA